AUGAAAUUCGUCGAGGUCAGGAUAAGGCCUGUACCGUCGCCCACGGAUAAAAGUGGCGGCGGGGACAAGACCCUGAAGGGCGCAUCGCGCAUCUACGUCAACAAAGAGGUUCUCCUCGAGCUCACAGGCACGGCCCUCGAAAAUGGGAAACCAUGCUAUGUCGAAAAGAUUCUGGAUGAUGGGCAGGCAACUACAAGAGAGGCCUCACUAUGGGCCGCGGCAGACCCAAAAGUAAGCCGGGGCAUCGUCCAGAUGAGCAAGCCGUUCCAGGAUGCAUGCGACUUGAAGCUUGGCGACCAGGUCAAAAUCAUCUACACCGACGGAAAGGCGGUACCCGAUGCUGAAGAGGUCGUUCUGGAAGAUGUAACGACUGGCCAACCUGCUAUCAACAAGGAGGACAUCGUAUUCUGGGAGUGGAACCUCAAGAUGAUGGGCCUGGACGAUGUGUUCCCCGGAUUCCUGGUCAAACGCGUGGCAGCAGGGGCGGUUUUCAGAAAUUUCAAGAUCACGAGCGUUAACGGCUCGAUAAGUGGGAAUGCUCGAUUCAUUACCGCUUCGACCAAGAUCCGAAUCAGCACCGGAGAAAACGUGGAGACCGCAGCACCAGUUGCAAGACCAGCCAUUCUCAAGCUGGACAUGAUUGCGGGCCUCGAACCCCAAGUUCGUGAGCUGAACAAAAAGCUCCGCCGAUGGUACAAGUCCUACGGACCAAGCUCUGGCCGUCGAUCGUGUGGCCUUGUCCUGGACGGAGGCUCUGGGACUGGCAAGACGAUGCUCGUGGAAAAGAUUUGCGAGACCGGUUGGGGAACUGUCCACCGCAUUCGACCACAUGACAAGCUCUCAUCCAUUUCUCAAACGCUCCAAACCGCGAGAGAGGACCAACCUAGUAUCGUCGUGAUGGACGACUUUGAAUCGAUUAUCAACGAUGACCGCAGCAACAGGAGCGCCGUCAUCCGAACCGUGAAAGAGUUCCUUGACAAACUGGCCCUGCCGCGAGAAUUUGAGCGCCCAAAGGUCCUCGUCCUCGCUACCUGCACGGAAUACGCAACCCAUAUACCGAAAGAACUCAGAGAAGUUAGAUUCUUUGACUCACAUAUCAACCUUCCGCUUCCAGAUCCAGCCCGUAGGAAAGCAAUCCUGUCGACUUUCUGUCCUGAUGCAGGAAAUAGCGUUUUGGAUAAUGUGGGCGAGAAGACGCACGCCUACAACGGAAAAGAUCUGGGAUCCCUUGCCGAACGGGUCUACGAGAUGCUGGAGGAAAAGUUGGGAGACACUGAGGACGCUGGAAUUACAGCCUCUCCAGAUACCCACGCUAUCACCGAAGAAAUGUUCACAGAAGCAAUGAAGGUUGUGCCUCCGUCUGCAAUGCAUGACAUUAAUCUCAAGCCCCCACCAGUCCACUGGGACGACAUCGGCGGCCAGGAUGAGGUCAAGCAGACGCUCCAACGGGCCUUGGCGAUGUCCAAAUCGUCCAAGCAAGAGCUGCUCAGGUACAUGUCCAACCCGCCCAAGGGAGUUCUCCUCUACGGCCCUCCUGGCUGUUCGAAGACCAUGGCCGCACAGGCGCUGGCGACCGAGAGCGACCUCAAUUUCUUUGCCGUCAAGGGCGCAGAGCUACUCAACAUGUACGUCGGCGAGUCGGAGCGGCAGGUGCGACAACUGUUCCAGCGGGCGCGGGAGGCAGCCCCGAGUAUCAUCUUCCUGGACGAGAUGGACUCGAUCGGAGGACAACGAUCCGGCUUCGGGUCUACCAAAUCCGGCGGCAGCAGUGGGGGUAGCAGCGGCUUGAACGUGCUUUCGACGCUUCUGAACGAGAUGCAAGGCUUCGAAUCGCUGCAAGACGUCCUCAUACUCGCGGCCACAAAUAGACCACAGGCCAUGGAUCCAGCACUCCUGCGCCCCGGGCGCUUCGACAGGCUCAUCUUCGUGGGCCCGCCUGACGAGGCGGCUAGGGCAGCUAUCUUCCGCAAGUGGCUCGCGAACAGGAACAGUGCCGAGGACAUCGACAUUGGGGAGCUGGCGAGAGAGAGUGAGGGCUGCUCGGGCGCCGAGACUGUAGCUAUUUGUGAUGCGGCAGGCGAUGUGGCCUACUGGAGGGACUUUGGCAAAGACGAGCGUCCUGGUGUAACCAUGGAGGACUUCCGGGCACAGAUGCAGAGGCCACGGAUGAUCACACCAGAGAUGUUGGAAGCCUACGAGGUAUGGAGGAAUAAGUUCCUCAAGGACGGUCAGUAGAAUUUGCAGGUAGAAGACUAUACCAUCCAGUUAUCUUGUGA